AUGUCAGGACAGUCAGAACCAAGCACUUCCCAAAGUAGCCAGCCAUGCCCAGAUGUAGUUACUAAAGGGCAAAGGGAUAUUUGCUCUUUUGCACAAUGUGAACCGUCUUCACAUCAUGCAUCAAAAACAGCUACAGCAGCUUCUCGUGCUCAAGAAUUUCCUACAAAACUGCAUGUGGAUGGGGACAAAUUAUUUUGCACAUCCUGCAAUGUUGUUCUCAAUCAUGACCGAUGGUCUGUAAUUGUGGAUCAUUUUGCAUCAAAAAAUCACAAACUGAAGGAAGGUGCGGCUCAAGAGGAAGGCAGAAACAAACACCUGAAAAUCAUUACAAGUACACUGAAAAACAAAACACAGGCGGAGAAAGAAUGUGUGGAGAUUUGUACAGCAUGGGCGAAGACACUAGCAGAUGCCAACAUCCCCUUGUCAAAGAUAGAUCACCCCCUUGUGAGAGAAUUUCUUGACAGCAGGUCUGGAAUGGUGGUGCCAUUCCUGGUAGGACACAACUGACUGAGACAUACUUACCUGAUGUGUACCUCAAAGAAAAGGAAAACUUAAAACUGAAGCUUAAAGACAAGAAAAUCACUGUUAUCUUUGAUGCAUGUUGUGAUGAUGAGACAAGAUCAGUUAAUUAGAACCUGAUUGCAGUGGGCAUGUUAACUUUUUUGUUAAGUUUUUCACUGUACGAUUUGAUCCUUUCUGACAGAAGGAAAGUGAGAAAAACUUGAAGGCUCUUUGUUUUCUGUACUGUAAUUUAAAUGAAAAUACUGAAUUUAUACUGAAAUGCAGGACGAUUAGCAAAAAUUUAAGACUUUCAUGUGUGAAAGUCUGAGCAAUUUAAAAUGACAUUCUACUUUAUUUUGCUGUUUGGU